AUGGAUUUACAGCCUUGUGUUUCAACUACCCAAUACUUCGCAGCAAAUUUCAACCAGAGGGACAAAAUAAAACGUCGAGAGGACAGUCUACUAGUCCCGCACUCGCCUACUGCGUGUAAAGACCUUGUGUCUGUUCUUAAAAGACUUCAGCUGGGUCGAAGGGAAGACGAGAUGAAAGUACCAUGGUCAAGGCUGUUUCUCUGGGUCUGUGUUGUGGUGUUGGCUUUAAACGUUGAGGACACGAGCUGCCAGAACCUGGUUAUCAGCACGACCAACGCCCUGGCCACCCUCGCUGGAGUAGGCCUCCUGGGGUCUGCUGGAGCCUUGGCUACGGGAUACUUCAUUGGCCGUAACCGUGGACGAGGCCAGAGGUACAGAGGCAGGGGGCGGUACUACAGAGGGCGCAGGAGUCUGGAGGUCUUGGAGGCUCCCGAGUUCGAGACUAUUUUGGAUGAGACCGCGAAAGUCGACACCAAGCACUGUGGCCGAAAGCUCCUUUGUGUGGCAGCGAGUCAAGAGAGGAGGACGUCACCCUUACUGCAGGCUCUUCUCAGGCCUUUUGCUGGACAAGGACCCAGCAACGGCACAGUGUACGGUGACUACGAUGAAGCAGUGUGGAGAGGGUCAACGGGCCAAGACUGCUCUCACUACACCCUGUGUGAAUACGACCCUGCAGAGCUCCUGGGUGUUUACGAGGGAAUCAUGCGUGACUUAGCUUCACAGUUAUAGAUUUCUCCCUUGGACAUACCAGACAUUUCAGUCAACUAUUGUUAGA